CCUAACCCUAAUACUCCACAUAUUCAUCAGCCGUCAUCUCUCCCAACAGCCGCCACCUUAUCCCUCUUAGUCACCGGUCACCACCACCAUCCACCCAGACGUUCUCCAACCACCUAACAGCCAUCGAGCGACGUUGAAGACCGACUGGGAGGGGAACGAAGCUGCAUCAGUGGAGAUUGAAGGAGUGGCGUCAUGAUGGUCGUUGUUCGUGACUCUCCAGCCGCUGCCGCCAUCGAUGUCAAGCAAGAAAGACCACCGGGAUAGUUGUUGUCGCCAUUCCUGCCGUGGCUGAGGUCGGGGACCAGUCCAUGGCGUUGUUUCAGUUGAAACACCGAAACCACCUUUGUUCCGCAACUACACCUCUGCCGCUUCCUUUCUAUUGUUACGUUGUUGCUGCUACUUCGCCACCCAAAUGCCACAGUCGCUGCCUGUUACGUCGUGGGCAGCCGAGGGGGGGAACCGUCGAAGAUUGGAGAUGGGUUUUAGGUCACUACCGUUGUCAAGUCGUUGUUGCUACCGCUGCUACCCACCACAGGUGGGUGGAGUGUGUUCUACUUUCGAAGUGGGUGUUCUGUUUAGCCGGAGAUCGCAAGGAAGAAACUGCCACGAUCGUGAAGUGGUGGUUGCCGCCAUUCACCACCGUCGGGCGUCGGGCGCCACUAGUUCGGGAAUCUGUCAUCCAGCAGUUGGGGUUGAGUUUGCGGGACUUCAACAGCGUGGGAUUGUGUCUAUGGGACUUCAGCAGUGUGAGGUACUUCGUUUUCAAAGGAAAGGAGUCGGCUCGAUCGCAGCGCAUCACACUAUGGUUUUCCGCACAUGAGAUCUUUGGGAUUACACUCUGAUAUUGUUUUAUGAUUAUAUGUUUUGACUAUUUCUACUUAGGUUUUGACAUGACAUGAUAUUAUGGAUGUUAUCUUAUACUGAUGGAUUUAUAAUAACUUAUUUAAAAAUGAAAUUUUUGGCCUUGAA